GGCGAACCCGGCGGCCCCGGGGCGCCGCCGCCGCCGCCAGCCGGGCGGGCAGCCCCGCCGGGGGAUGACUCAGAGCCGCGGCCCCUGCAGCGAAGCCGCCGCCGCGCCGGGCUCCGCGCCGCGCCGCCCCAUGCCCGCGCCCCCCGCCGGGGGCCGCCCGCCGCCCGCCGCGCCCGCCCCGCCGCGCACCGGAUGAUGCCCCCGCGGGGGGCGGCGGGCUCCUGCCGCCGGCGGCGCCUGGCGCCCCUCAACGAGGACAACGGGCGGUUCCUGCUGCUGGCCGCCCUCAUCGCGGCGUACCUGAGCGCCGGCGCCACCGUCUUCUCGGCCCUCGAGAGCCCGUCGGAGGCGGCGGCGCAGCUGCGCUGGAACCGGACCCUCCACAACUUCAGCCGCAUCUUCAACAUCAGCCUGCCGGAGCUGCGCGCCUUCCUGCGGAGCUACGAGGCGGCCAUGGCCGCCGGCAUCCGCGUCGACGCCCUGCGGCCCCGCUGGGACUUCCCCGGCGCCUUCUACUUCGUGGGCACCGUCGUCUCCACCAUAGGUUUCGGGAUGACCACACCAGCAACUGUGGCUGGAAAAGUAUUCCUCAUCGUUUAUGGCCUUUUUGGGUGUGCUGGAACUAUCCUUUUCUUCAACCUCUUCUUGGAGCGCAUUAUCUCUCUCCUGGCGUUUAUCAUGAAGGCGUGCCACGAGAGACAGCUGCGAAGAAGUGGUCUCCUACCUCCCAACUUCCGAAGGGGGCCAGCUAUGGCGGGGGUGGGCAGCCUCGUGGGGUGGAAGCCAUCCGUUUACCACGUGAUGCUGAUUCUGGGAAUUUUUGCCAUUACCCUUUCCUGCUGCGCCUCCGCAAUGUACACGGCGGUGGAAGGAUGGAACUACGUUGACUCCUUGUACUAUUGCUUUGUCACCUUCAGCACCAUCGGCUUUGGAGAUUUGGUAAGCAGCCAAAAUGCUGCGUACCAAAAUCAGGGAUUAUACAGAUUUGGAAACUUCAUAUUUAUAUUAAUGGGGGUAUGUUGCAUAUACUCUCUUUUUAAUGUCAUCUCAAUCGUAAUCAAGCAAGUUUUGAACUGGGUGUUGAAAAAAUUCGAAUGCAGAUGUUGCCCAAAGUGCCAUAAAUCAAGUGCCCGCCUCGGACGUCGCAACGCCAUCACCCCAGGAGCCCGCCUACGACGACAUAACAUCUCAAUGGAUGCUGAUGGACAGUACGACAGCGACACCGAGGGGAGGAGGCUCUCUGGAGAGAUGAUUUCCAUGAGGGAGCUCACAGCAUCGAAUAAAGUCUCCCUGGCCAUUUUGCAAAAGCAGUUGUCUGAGACGGCCAACGGCUACCCAAGGAACGUUUGUAUCAAUACAAGACAAAACGGUUUCUCCGCAGGGGUGGGUGCUCUAGCCAUCAUGAACAACCGCUUGGCAGAAACGAGUGAUUCUAGGUAGAGUUUUUGAAAUUCCUUUUGUUUCUUAAAAAAAAAUAAAAUUGUGAUUAGGGUGGAAUUGUCACUGUAAGCUACUGGAAAGUUUUAAAUUCAGAGACAGCCUUAGUAUUUAUUGGGCAUUCAGCAUUUUAGUUUCUGGAGGUUUUAUAAGUCUUCUCUAAUAUGCAGUAACACCUUUACUGUAAUGUUAUGAUUUUCCCCAAAGGGUUUUUUGGAAAAGGCUUGAAUGUCUUUGAUGCAGAAUCUGAUGCAAGUGUAGAAGGAUGGUGUGUAGGUAGGAUGGUGUCAAAACCGACAUGUUCUUCUUCAGAACACGAUCUGAACCCAAACUCUGGGUUAAAAUGCAUAAAAUGGGCAAGUUCGGCUCCAGAUUCAAACUUGGGGUUGAUAAGCUUUGGCUAAACCAGUAUCUCACAGUUUGUUGAAGUCUGGAUCUGGCCCUGAACUUUGUGCUCGAUGCUCUUCAGCAAUUCUUUGUAGCAGGCCUGUAUAUAACAUACGUGUAGAUGACUGCAGUUACACCAGCUUUAGGGUGACUGUGCUUCACUUGAAUAAUCCUACUGACUUCAAUGGUAGACGAUCAAAUGGGCUGAUUCCCCUGACUACAAAUGAUAGUUUUUAGCCAGUCUUGCCUGAAGCGCUACCAGCUGCUACCUAACUCUUAGAAGUCAGGGGAUUAUCAAGAACUGUGUCAGAAGGUGCAAAACUGUUCUUACCUACUGAAUAACUGAAAACUGGAAAUUGUCAACUUCCUUACUGACUUAAUUUAAUGCAAGAGAAGCCAGUGCGCACCUCUGGUGUCAAAUGUUUGCAUCACCACUGAAAUUCUUAUUUCACUACUUUUACAUGAAAAUAAGUAGCUAAAAUGAAUGUAGGCUCUCUGUUGUCUUAAAUUUGCAUCUUUUGCUUCUGCAUUGUUGCAGAGAUUCAUGCAAAUGAUUUCCUUGCAGUUCUUUGGAGCACCCAAGCCUGUACUUGUUUCCCACAAAUCUGAUUGUGUAAGGUUAUAGAGAAGAGCAUUGCUUUGAAGCCCCCCCAGAAGCUGGCUUCCCCCAGAACAUUGGUACUAAGUCCUAAAAUGGCCUAAGGCUGUUGCUACUGUCUUAAGUCAUAUUUCACUUGUGCUAGCCCAAACCGCUGAAGAACCAGAAGCAUCUUCGAGCAGACAUGGUCUAAGUGUCCAGUUUAGCAUGACAAGUGAGCGCACAGGAAAUUACUGCAGAUCUUUUUCAGAAAUACGCGCAAAGCUUUGGAUCAUUUCUCUAAAUUCUCUAUACUAUGCCACUCCUUUAAUGCUGUGAAGGUAAUAAAAAGGCUUCUGCUGAUUCCAGCAAGAAAUAUAACUUAAGCUUGAAGUCCGAGAAGCCACAGUGGUCAGCUCUUGAAAACAACUUGGGCAAUUAUAAGCAAGAUGAUAAGUACUAGGUUGAUUGCUGAAUAAAUUGAAAAAGCUGGUGAAAAAAAAACCCAGGAAUAUUAGAAAUGUUUGAAAAUAUUUCCAUGAAGCUUCAAAUAGAUAUUUUAUUCUCUUGUUUACUUACUUUACUUUGUUUCGCAUGGGUUUGAGGUAUCCAUCUGUUUGCUUUCCUUUAAAUUUGUAGUAGCGCAAAACAUUUUGGAAUUUAACCUCAGAAAACUAACUUUUAAUUUGAGGUUUUGCACACUUGAGCCUGCCAGCUGAAGUAUGGCGGUGAUUGUAUCUUUUGCCUGAAGGAGAAGGAACCAGAGCAGCAGAUAAACCGUCACACAGGGAACUGUAUCAUGCUGUAAACACAGUCACAGCUUUAAUCAAGAUGCUUUUGGCCAGAAACACUCGAUGGUGUUUGUGUUCUGUAUCUAUGUGAUACGGUCUCAUACUUAAGCAGUAUGUGGUAUGGAAGAGCCCGCAUUCAAGAGGCUUUUAUCUGGCAGGAGCUUCCCUGGUGGCAGAGACCCCCUGAGGUCCAUGUGUCCAUGUGCCUGUCUGUCUGUGCGCUUCAUCUCAGAAGCCACGUUUGAGUGGCCCUGUGAAGAAGCAGGCAGAGGUCAAAGUGUUUGGUGACUCUAAUUUGAAGCUCACCAAAGGAUAAAUUUAAGUGGGAUGUGUAGGGGCAGGUCAUGGUCUGGGAAAGACUCAAAGAUCGACUGCAAAGACUCAGUUCAGGGAGGCGACUUCCAGAGCCGCAUGGACCACUUUUGGAAACAGCAGAGACAGGGAACAUAAAGAAUAAAAAUUUGCUCUUGUCCCUCGGGAUUACCCCCAGGGGUAAAUCUCUUUAGCUAUGACGAUUUAUGUGUUUGUUUAUUAAGAGUGCGUAUGUGGCGCUGCUCUCUUUCUGCAGCUAGACCUCUCUUAGGGUUGUAUCUUGGUACAUUUGCCAUCACGGGGACUAUUACUCAUUAGAAUGGACCCCAUUGUGUGAAGUGCUGCAUAAAUCGAGGCAGACGGGCUCUGUCCCAAAGGUCGUAAGAGUUUGAAGAGAUAGGAUCCCAAGGCACAGCAGAAUUACUUAGGUUUAUCAUUUUACUCAUAAAAACAUGUUCAAAUGCAUUAACAUGCUGUAAGCUCAAGAACUGUAUUUUUAUGAUAACAAAUUUGCAAAUUAAGGGUGUUUAUUUUUUCAGUAAGUUGUUUUUAAAGGAUAAAUAUUAUAACUAUGAUUAGGGACCUAUUUAAAUGUCUGUAAAUUGUUUUCAAACUACCUAUUCCUGCCUGGGAAAUGCAGUGAAGUAAUACAAAAUUGUACAUACCUCCUUUGCUAUUUCUGUACUUUUUCUGAGUCCACUCAAAGGCAGGCACGCAGUCUGUCGUAAUAUGAUUUAAAGGUUUCUGAGUCUUUUUGGUGCCAUUGGCCACAGUGGUGCCAUUGCAGGACCCUUUGCGGUUCGUGUUCACUUCAGGGGGAGUUGGAUUGGCUCCCAGAGCUGGGUUCCCCAAGGGACUUGGACAUCUGAUGGCUACUCUAUGCACUUAGGUCCAAUGUUUCUUUACUCCCAAGAUCCUCGAUAAACUCCAUUCUGCUCCUCCUUAGCCUCAGAGGCAUAUAAAGUGCAUGCCCAGUUUUUCACCAGCGCCCCUGUUUCUUGCAGCACACAUAUCCUCAGAAGCUGACACAACUGAACCACAGGGACCCCCCAGCUCGUGUAUAAGCGCCAUAAAAAUUGCCAACCCCGUCUGGCUUAGCUAGGGCCAGUUUAUGAGGGGGUUCAGAGCACAAUUACUGAACUGGGUCUCACAAGGAGUGGCCUUACAGUUCCCUCAUACUCAGUAGCUGAAGUAUUUUUCAAGGAUGCGUGAAAACCAAGCUCCAAAUGUCUACUCUUCUGCCUGCUAGCGCUACCCAUCACCCCUGUGCAUGAGCACAUGAGCCAAGAGGACAUAGGAGAUUUGAAAUCAGGCUUUCCUAGUCCUUCCUGCACUUUCCUUAGCUUUUUUUUUAAGGACAGCUUCUCUGUAAGCUUGCCAGACUUGGGCACCUAACUCCUCUCUUUUAUUGUGCGUGGUCCAACUCGGGAUUCCCCAGGGCAGCCUGCUCCUUUUGUGAAUUAAACCCUAAAUGUGAACCAGUUGCACCAAGCGCAAUCCCUCCUGGUAUUUCAUUUUCACAGACAAAGCAGAUACCUGCAAUACCCGGACACAGGCUGAAGCACAAGAAAUCAGAAGGAAACUGAAGGAACAGAGUGGGACAGUGAAAGCACACUGCACUAGAUUGCACUUUCUUUUCAGGUAACUUGGGAGUUGUAUUACAUUCUUGAAAUGGUAUUUUUUCCCCCAGGUUUAAUUUUUGGACAGCCUUGAAAGAAUGCAAUUGAUUUAGGAUUUAAAAGUUCAUCUUCCCUGAUACAAACCCCCUGUGCACCACCCUGCAGAACAGCAGCGGUGACUCCUUGCUGGCACAGACCCCGACAUCCCAGUUGCCCGCUGAGCAGCUGUAGCGGCAGCACAGACGGGAGCUCAGACCCCGUCCCCCAAAAUGGUCUUUUGCUGUCUGAGCCUGAGCAGAGCAUUCGGCAGCAGCAGAAAGCUCCAGGGCUUAGGACUUCUCUGUGAGCCAGCCCCCUGCGAGAGCAAUGAUUGUCCAGGCAGGAGCUGCUCCAACCUCCAGCAAGAAGGGAGGAGAUACCGUGUCCACCUGGCCCGUGUGCUGUCACCUUGCUGAUGGGAAUUAGAAUUUAAGUGAAAAUGAAUAAGGGACAAUGAUCAAAUUCAAAUGACAUCUUCUUUCUCCUCUGGAGCUCAGGGCAGAACGGUUACAAGGAACAGUUUCUUGUGAAAGCUAUAACGCUUGGCAAGUCACUACAUUUAAUUCUUGGGGUUUGUCUUCCCUCUGUGUGUCUUGGACAAAGCUUGCAGUCACACUGACAUGUCGUCUGAUUCUCUUUGGUUUCUUCCAAUCUGCAAACACACUUCUCAUUUUCUGCAGAAAAUUCAGAUUGCUUUUAUUUCCUUGCAAUGUGAAGGAUGUCCUUCAGACGAUGUAGAUGUUCAGAGACGUCAUCCCAUUGACCUCAGUCGCAGAUGGAAGUUUCUGAAGGACGAGGCUGUAGUUUGCCUGUCUCCCUGCGGAAGAAGCAUUGCACAAGUAACUCCCAUUACUGCUAGCAAGACGUAAAAAGGUACUUUAGACAAUGGCUGGGGCUUUGCAGCAGUAGGCACAACUAGAAAUGGACAGACAGUCUGUUAUAAAGGAUAUUUGUGCCUCUUUGACAUGUACUUGCUAUUUGAUAACCCAGUUGCCGGCUCCAAUUGCAGCAAAAAUACCUGGUAGAAGACAAGAGAGGUGUAAGAAUCAUGUUAAAGCUUUUGGUGACCACCCCAUGCCGUGCUUGUGUUACCCAGAGACGCCCUGCCAUGCUGCCUGUCGGUGUAGUGCUGGUGUCCCAGCACGGCUUCAGUCCUGGCCCUUGAUCUUUUCUCCUCCCCAGCUUUCUGUGGGUGAAAAUUUGGGUAUACUAUGACCAUUUACCUGUAUUUCAGUCAUGUCUUGCCUUGCUAUUGAAAGGAGGACUGGAGCAGUAGUGGAGGUCAUACAGCCAGGCACGUGGGCUCAGUACAAACCUGAUUGCCUGUGCGGGGUGCAUUUAUAAUUAUAUGAAAAUUAGCUGUAGCAAUGAGACCAUUCUCUCUUUCUUGUGUUUUUCUAACCUUUAACUUGAAAAAUAUUCAGUGACUAAUUAUUACAAUGAAUGUUCAGAGCUAAUCUAAACAAAAAUCAUACUUUGCUGCUUGCUAUCGCGUCUAUGGAUAUGUCUUCUGCUCUAAUUGGAUUACUAACGUGCCUUUCUAAACCAACACACAUUUUCAAUGUUAUAUUUAAAUCAUACAGUAAAUGUUAUGUUACAUAAUAAACUCAGUUAGGCCAUAUUAAUACUUGACUCACACAAAAUAACUAAUCAAGUGUGCAUUUCGCAUUGCACAACCAAUAUGCAAUUGUGGUUUUUUUGUGAAGACUUCCAUAUUUGAGCUCAUACUCUGCUUUUGUGAAUACUCACGCUAGGAAAACAGAAGCAUUGUCAUAGAAUCAUAGAAUAGUUUGGGCUGGAAGGGACCUAUAAAGGUCAUCUAAUUACAUUAUCUGUGGAAAAUGCAGGAAGGUAUGGCCAGUUCCACUGAUAUUCGACUCGUAGGAUAUGCAUAUUGACGUAUGCACAGUAAGCAGUUCAUUAUGCAUUAUAAAUAUGUUGUGUAGCAAUGGCACCGAGGAAGGACUACGUCAGGUUACAUGGCCACAGUCUGAAUGCAGCUACCAGUACAGACGCAUGCCUUUUUUCUUACUCUUUUUGCUUAUUAAACGGAUAGCAUCCGCUCUUUAAUUAGAAUAUACCUUUAAACCAGGAAAAAAAGAAUGCUGCAAUUGCCCUAAAUAUUGCACAGCCAAAAAAAGGUCUAGGAUCAAAUCCAAAUUUUCAGCUCUCGGGAACUGAAAUGGUGUAGUUUUGCUUUGAAUUGGGGCUGCAAACCUGCAGCCUUCCUAUCUAUUGUGUUUAGUCCGUCCUCAGGAAAGGAAAAAGACUGUAGGUAGGGAUACAGUUUAUAGCAGAGAACCCAGUAGUUUGUCAAUUCAGCAUGAGAGAAAAAAAAAUUACAAGUUUUUCUCAAGGUACAGCAAGUGUACUGUUACCAAGGAAUGAGAAGUGUGGGGAAAGGCAGAGGGUCAGAAGUAUUUUCCAACAAAUCCAUUGGAAUACCGAAGACUUGCUUUGCUCUCCAUACGCACGUGCAUUAUGCCCCAUCACAAAAUGGUGGGACGCUGCCGCAGCCCCCAGUAGCUCUGGUAGCAUCACAGGCUCAGCUACGGCAUUUGGAAGGUGGGGAGAAGCGUUUUGUGAGAUGCGGAGGGAAGAGAGCGGGACCGCAUGCUCACACUCACCCCCUGCACUUCAUUCAGGAGGUCAACACUGUCACGGGCCGAUUUUGGGAAGAUGACCACCCAGCCCACUACUGGAAGAAGCGGCCACGCUGAUCCCUUACAGUGAUGAACACUAUUUUGGGUGUAUCGUAGGUGCAGGUUCCCAUGCCUCCAGUCCCCCCAGUCCCAGGGCCAUACUGUGCCCAGGUGUGUGCCAGGCAGCUCCCAAGCCUGGACUCGGCACGAGGAAGCACUGGGCACGAGGAUGCAGGUGGAUUUGAAAUUGUGUAACGGCACCGUCCCAAAUGUUUUCAGGAUUAGCCCCCCCCAGCAGGUGAUGCUUUAUCAGACCAUCUAAGAAAUGCAAAGAUGUUCCCACAAUCCCUUUGUACUUCACAGACUGUAAGAUUACUUUUCUUAGUGAAGUGAGUCACUAAGUGAGUCAAUACAAAAUUAAUGCUUUUACAAGAAUAUACAAUAAACAACGUGAAAAAAAUUACUGAUGUUCCUGACAAUGUGCAAUUCAAACACCAAGGAUUUUCUCAAUGGCUAUCAUCUCCUAAUUUUUGUACUAGUGAAUCAGUUUUAUUCCCUGCAAGUAAAAUUACGCCCAGGAAACUUUUGCUUAUAGUAACAUCCACGAGCUGUACAGGCAGUGCAAGAAUUUCAUUCUAAUUUUAUUGUAAAACCUCAGUAUCUGAAAGCACAACAUCUGAAAAAUGGUUUGGGGGUUUUUGUGUACGUGUGCGGAGACAUUCUUCCCUUCACGUACACAGACACACACAUUUUUAGCUUGCUAGAAUACUAGCUUGUUGUAUACUCUCUGCAAAAAUGCUAGUUCCAAAUUUCAAGCCAAUUAAAAAGACUUCAAUGAUAAUAUAUCUGCUCAAAUGUAUUCCUGUUUAAUUUUUAUUUCUUUUUAAAGGGGCACAGCUUGGUAGCUAUCUCUAAUGCAGUUGGCAUUAUUAUCUGCUAUUACAAAUAUCAAGAAUUUCACUUCUGCAGUUAAUUCCACUGGCCUUGGUAUUUGCUUACUUUUGUGUUUCACUAAGUGUGAAUUACAAAAGGAAUGACCAUUUCUGGGCUGGUUUCUGGUUGGUAUCACUUUCCCAUUUGCAUUGAUUGCAAACAGCUGAAAUAUUAACACCAGCAAAUUAACCAGCAAAUGUUCCCAGACACACCAAAAUUAGACACUUUUCUGAAUUUUUUUGUUAGAAAUUGUUCUGUAAAAUCUAAAUUAUGAGUAUAAAUUACUUGUCAUGGUUGGAAUUAGCAGACUGAAUAUUUUUCCUACCACCAGAAAUCCUUGACAUGAACUCAGUGAAAGAGGCUAAAGAUGCAGCUUUACGUAACAAGUCCUUCCUAUUUUACUUGACCGUUUUAUCUAAUUUGUUUAAACUCUUUAAAGGAAAGUCAGGAGGAUGUAAAUCCCAUUUGGAAAACACCCUACCCUGCACAUUCACUCCUAUGAAAAGAGAUUCUAGAGGGAUUAAAACUGAGACUACUAGAUUGCUGUAAACACAAUUAUAUGUACAAAUCUUCAAAACGUAUUUUUACCUGUUUGGCAACUGCAAAUUAAGGGCAUGGUAAUGAGAUUCUAAUUCAGUCAAAGAAACAUAAAUAAUGGAGCUCCACUCGCUACUGACCGCUUUUAUCAAGAAAACUACCAGUACCCAGCUACAACAUCAAGGGUAACGUAUUGACUCUCGAUGCACAAAGGUGUUAUUUUCGGUGGCUGGGAGCUUACGCUGGCGUGGUUAAAGCCGUUUGGAAAAAUAAAAAAGACUGGCGUUAUCUUGAGAAGCUCGGUGAAGUGCUGCAGCCGGCGCUAGGCUGUUUCUGGCCACCUUUGAACCCCCGUUUGUUCCCAAAACUGGAGCGUUUGGGGCCCAGGUGCAGUUAUCGACUCAUUGUACAUUUGGCCUGUGCGCCGGCAAAGCAGUAACGCCGGGAUCCUGCUUUCCUCAUAAAAUGGAUAGAGAGAUCUAUUUAGGCUUUCUGUAUGAUGACAGCAUAUAUAGGAAUCACAGGAUGAAUCAAUUACCAAGUCUGGUUAUAUUUGCUAAGAGACCUUUAUCGGUAAAAAAGGGGGAAAUUGUCUUGCCACCGUAUGAGUGCAGUGAAGCAACAAAAGAAAGGGUGCUCUGAGCAGAAAGCGAGGCGCUAAAAUAUACGAUUGGGCCCCAAAGCUCAGACACCCGACCCAAAAUCACCGUAGUGUUCAUUUCUAAUGCUCGGUGCACCUGCAUUUUCUCAGUUUCUGGCAGCACUGGUGUAGUCAAGGCUUGUAUUUUCUUCACCUGCAUGAAAGCAAAAUGUAUUUGAGGAUGUGCCUGGGUCUGAAUAGGACUCAGGCAUGGAGUAGCCUCCAUCCCCAAAUUUAAGUGCGCCCGUGGUCCAGAGGCCGUGAAUAUCAGUCCAGUCCUCAGCAGAAAACCUGCCUGGGGGUGUCUGUGUUUUUUGGAGAGGAGCUGGAUGUCACGGCAGCCUGCAGCUGCCUCCUCCGGCCCAGCCUCCCCCGGCGUGGGAUCCAUCCCACCGCCAGCCCCCGGUCUGCAGCCAGCAAAUGUACUGCCAGGAGAGCGGUGCAAAUCAGCAGCAGCGCGGUCAUAUCCCUGCCUCCUUAAUGGGCUAAAAACAUCAGAAAAUACAGAGAGCAUUUUCUAUUUUAAUAACCAAAAGGGUGUUGGCCAUUAUUCACAGCCUACACACAAGAUGUCAUGAUUUCCAAUUUUCCUGCGCCAAUCAUUCAAUCCAUUUGACAGCUGACCUUCAAGUGGCUGGCCAUGGUUUUUCAAAAAAAAAAAAAAAGAGGAAAAAAAACCCCAAACAACAAACUACCCAAUAUCAGCAUAUCAGAAAAGCAAAAUAAUCCUAAAUGAGGCAGUAAGGAGCUCACAUGCAAAAAGCUGUGAGCUCCCUGGCAGCAGGAGGAGUUUGGGUUCGGGAGAGCAUCAGUGGGAUGUUUGGGGUGCUGGGCGUUGCCCUGCGAACAGCUGCAGCACCAAAAAUGGCGCUUUUAGAUCAAGUUUCUGCAGCUGUUUCUACGCUGUUAGGGAAAUGUCUCCUCGCCGUUACUGAAAGCAGGGGCUGGCAGCAGAAAUCCUGGGCAAAGUGAAGGGGGCUGCCGGGAAGGCUGGCAUCAGGCUGUCCUGCCAGCCUGGCCUCCCUGCAGGCGCUGCUCCGGCUUUCCCAUGGGAUAGAGGGAACAAAGUUGCUCCUUCAGCAGCUCCUCUGGCAGCUGGCAUCACUCAAUGUACUCCCAAAAAGUUCAACGACACAGAAAUUACCUAAAUAGGCCAAAAGAGCCGGUAGGUUCUAGGAAGCAAAUGCUGCUCUUGCCUGAACCUGGAGUAACUUAGUUGAAUUGCAGGUAGUAAACAGCCUAAUUAAAUAGAUGUAAUGACUUCUAAAUGCUUGCCAGGAGUCAAAAGGACCUGCAUGUAUUUUUCCAGCACAAUUUCAGUUGUGUUUACCGAGUCAAGAGGUGAAAUGAAGAAGCAUAAGUUCCUGUAAAUCGUUGAUUAGAAAACACAGAUUUUUAUUCUCUUUCAGAUGAUGCUUCCUAGCAAGACAUUAAACUGGAAAAAAAAUGUCAAGAUUGAAAUCUAUUUAAACAGGUGGCAUUUUUAAAAAUGCUUUAAUUCUGGGUUGACAGGAACUUUGCCUCCAACACCUACCAUAAUUGUGAGUGCUUUUAACGAAAUCGGUCCCAUUUUUGAUGUCAGCUCAGGACUCCUCCACUCUCAGAUCUUUGAAUGAAGAGGACUAAAAGCCAUAUCCAAAGCCCAUUCAAUACCGAUCACAUUUCUACUGGUACGUUAUAUACAGUUUGCAGACAAAAAUGGGAAUUUUGAGCUUGGAACCCCUUCAUUCACAGAAGCACGGCUACGGGCCUCGGAGGCAGAGCCGGCUGAUGCGCAGCCGCGUGGCCAAGUGGUGCUGAGGUGGAGGAUGCGCAGAGCUGGGAGUUAACGAGACCGCAGAAGAACCUGCUGAUGACGUUCGGGGAACAUUCCUGUGUGGUUUUUUAACGCUGUGAUACACGACCGAGUAUGAAUUCUGUACAAUCUGGGAGGAUGUCAAAUUCCAGGUGACGUUUGGAUUGUUGCAAUUAAGCUAUUACAAAGACUUUUGAAAUAAACAGGAGAAAAACGUUG